AUGGUCAACUGGACUGAUCCUAACGUCAUCCAACAGUCGGUACAGGCCGAAUUCGGCUCUCUCGUCGGCCAGUUCUCAAUCAUCAUCUACGAGAUUCUGAACACGCUAUGGUUUGAAACUGGGCUGCUCACCCGUAAAAUCCCUUUUCGCUGGCCCUUUUUGCUGGUCGUGGCUGGAAGAUGGCUUCUGCUGCCCGCGUACAUCCUCGGUAUCAUUUCGCUGAGCGAAGGCAACUACACGGGACCGCAGUGCCAGAUCAUCUUUCGGGUCGAGUCUGCAAUCGUGGGACUCGCACAGAUCAGUGGUACCUCCAUCUUCUCCCUCCGCUGUUGGUCAAUUUAUGAGCGCGGUACCCUGGGCAAAGCGGUACGAAGCUAUCUCCUUGUCGCCACGAUGGGGUGGAUCGCCCUGUGGAUGUACUCGGCCGGUGUAGGGCUCGACGCAACCUAUGAGGGCAAGACCUGCAUCGUCACGCGUGCGGGCCGGAUCACUUGGUCGCCGUUCCUCUACGCUCUCGUCUACGAUCUUACAUUGGUUCUGCUGCUCUGCUAUCGCCUUUCGCCUUAUUGCGACCGUCGGGAUAUCAUCGAUCCCGGUCAGAAGCCUAGCUACAUGACGCUUCUCUUUCGUCAAGGCGUUCUCUACUACCUCGCGGCGACUGCUGCCAGUAUCUGGGCCAUGGCGUGGUUCUGGGCCAACCCGAACCCGCCUAUGUCCAACUUUGGCGCCAACAUCGACUCGCUGGUCGUCGUCAUCUCUGCUUCCAAGGCUUCUCUUUCCUUUAUCAAACGGAGUAUCCGUGGCCAUAACGGGAGCAGGCUACUCUCUGGUUCAAGCUCCAACGAGCUGUCGAGUUCCAGGCCUGUUGGUAUGGACUUCCUGGGUGGCCAGAGUGGUGGGCCCCAGGCGAGUACCUCUGCUUUACCGAUCCACAUGGUACAGAACACUGUAACGACACGGUCACAGACCAACGAGUCAGGUGGGAACGAUCAAAAGUCCGACAUUUCGCUUGAGGUGCUCCGGAGGAGCUAGUGUAUAGCAAACGACAGAACAGCACAGAAAGCAGGUCUUUUUGUGUUCCCGUUUGCCCUUCUCGUAGACUGUUUGUAGAUUGUGGGCGACCCAAGGAAAUUCCCUCUUAUCAAUUCGAAUGCCCUGUGACAUCUCCCAUUUGUGCCUUGCGAUGCCUCGAAGCUUCCCACUUACCGCGUGUAGAGGGAAAAUAACUCGGUGAUGAGCUCAUAAACUGAACGUG